AUGGAAACCCUUAAUCGUAUAUGGAAUUACCUUAAAAAGCCCAAAGUUUAUAAGAAAAUCAUCAUUAUUGCCACAGUCACAGCUUCUAUUGUGGUACUGCGAAAAUUGUCAAAAUUGGUAAAUUCUCAUGUGAGUCUUACAGCAUUUUUAGCAUCAUUGAAUACAGGCACUGUGAAAGAAGUAAUUGAUUAUGGGGACACAAUUUCAUUUAAAUCAUCAGAUGGCAAAUGGUUUAACACAAACACUGCUACGAUACCUAAAGCAGACCUAAUCUCUGCAGCUGCUAGAAAUAGAGUAGAAUACACAUCUAAGAGCCCAUCAAUUGUGCUUGCAGCUAUUCCUCAAGUUGUCGCAGCACUAGGAGCUUCAAUUAUGUUAUAUAGCAUCUGCACACUUUUAUCUCGCUUGACACAAACUUUUGUCUGCAGCUUACUCCCCCCCCCUUUAAAUUGGAACUAAAAAUUUUGUUCCAAUUUAUAGGGGGAUUAAUUUUUUUUUUUAAAAAAAAUAUCAAUACAAAAUUUUUUAUAAAAUAUAUAAAAAUUUCAACAAAAAAAAAAUUUCCAAACUUAUCGAAUUAGAUUAAUAAAUUUGUUUAAUAAAACGCUAUUUACUCUUUAUCCUUUAAAACAAAGCAAGAUAUAACUAAAUUUUCAUUAUUAGUUAAUACGCCACUAUUAAUUGGUAUCAAAAUUAUUAUUUUUAUUGAUAAAAAAAAUUUAAAAAAACAAUUUUAGAAAAUUUAUCGAUCAAAGUGCUAAUUUUGUUUAAAUAAGAUGUUAUUAUAUACUCUAUUCUUUUAAAUAAAGCAAGAAAUAAGUAAAUUUUUAAAUUUUAUAAAGAAUUCCUAUUGAAUUUAUAUCAAAACUAUUUAAAUAAAAAAUAUCAUUUUUAUCAAAAAAAACAAAAAUUGUUUUGAAAAUUUUUUAAAAAAAAAAAUUAAUUUUUUUUUAAAAUUUAAAUCAAGGAUAAUAAAUUUAUUUAAAUAAGAUGCUCUUUAUACUUUUAUCUUUAAAAAAGAGCAAGAUAUAACUAAAUUUUUAAUUUUAGUUAAUAAGAAACAUUUAAUUUAUGUUAAAACUUUUUAGAUAAAAAUUAUAUAUAAUUUUUUAUUAUAAAAUUAAAAUUUUGUUCCAAUUUAAAGAGGGGUUAAUUUACCAAAAAAGUGGAAAUUUUACCGAUAUUUUGUUCCAAUUUAAAGGGGGGGGGGAGUUAGAGUUAUGACGACUCUACAGCGGCAAAUCGAAUCCAAGUUAACAAAAGAAUAUGUUUUGGGCAGGAUUUAUUAACUUGGAGCUGAUUCAUUGACUUAGGGAGUCCGUCAUAACUCCAAGCUGCAGAGAAAAAGAUUGCGUCAAGGAGUCAUAAAGUGGGCAGACAUUAUAUACUUUGACCCGCAACCCAACCCCUAAAAGAGUUUUAGAGCACCAAACAGGGAUUUCUUUUAAAGACAUUGCAGGAAACCAAGAAGCCAAGCAAUCCUUACAAGAAAUCAUCCAAUUUUUCAAAAGCCCAGAAAAAUUCAUCAAGGUCGGGGCCACUCUUCCUAGAGGAGUUCUCUUAUUCGGUCCUCCCGGAACUGGCAAAACAAUGUUGGCUAAAGCAGUCGCUACAGAAGCUGGUGUUAAUUUCAUACAGACUUCAGGAUCAGAAUACAUAGAACUAUUCGUAGGGGUUGGCGCCAAGCGAGUUCGUGAUGUCUUUGCACAAGCUAGACAAAAUUCUCCCUGCAUUAUUUUUAUUGACGAAGUUGACAGUUUGGCUCUGCAAAGAGGCUUGAGUUCCGACAAAUCCAAUAUGGAGCUUCACAGCACAGUCAAUCAGCUUUUAUCAGAAAUGGAUGGAUUUGUGCAGAGUGACAGGAUUGUGGUACUGGCAGCUACAAAUAAGCAUACAAUAUUAGAUGACGCAAUCUUAAGACCAGGCAGAUUUGACCGCAAAAUCCAAGUAAACUUGCCUGAAUAUGAAAUCAGGCUGCAGAUUUUAAAGUUCAAUCUAGCAAAUCGACAAAAUGAGAUCUCUGAAGACUGCUUAAAAAUGAUGGCAGAGAAUACAGAUAACUGCAAUGGCGCCGAAAUUGCAUCAAUUAUAAAUGAGGCAAGCUUUUUGUGUGUGAGAGAUGAUCGGGAGUGCAUUACUGAAAGAGACGUAAUUGAGUCUUUCCAAAGGAUGAAGGAAGGGAAGCUGAAGUUUGUAGCAGAAAAAUUAGCGAAAUCUAUGUUAGCCUAUCAUAAGUAA